AUGUAUCAAAUUGAAAAGUUUUCACGAGAUUUCCUUGAACUCGACAGUAUUAACGAGCGAUAUGACCAGUUUGUGAACAAUGAUACUGAAAUUAUAGAUGAUCCAAAUUCCCUUGAUAAAAGCAUAUUAUUUCAUCCAGUUGAUGGUAUCAAUUCUUGCCCAUCUACCACCUUCCACUCGGAACUUUUCAUACCGAAUAACAUCCACCCUGUAAAUCCAUUCUAUUCCAUCUUAACACGUCUUCUUGACCUUAGAGAUAAUAUAUUUUUUCUAGACAAGAAUGAUUUGCUUUCACGUAUAUCCGAAUUAAUGGAUGAAGUAAAUAAUCUAAGCAACGUUGAGAACGCACCGGAUUCAAACAUUCAAUUCCUUAUUGCUACUCUCGCCUAUCAAAUAUCCGAGAUAUGUAAUAAACAGGUUGAAUCCAUUAAUUUAUUAUCAGAGAUCAACACCGAAGCAACCAAAAAAUUGACGGACGCAUAUCAUGAUGGCCUUGCCUCAAAUAUACAAACUCAGUGCUCCGUUAAUCCUUUGGUAGUCGAUGACGCAGAAAACGUUCACAAAACCCCGACACGCAACCAGAUAGACCCUUUCGCUACAAUGUGGUGCAUAAAAUAUUUGAUUGAUAACAAGCUUCAGAAACCCAACAAGCAACAAAGGUAUUUACUAUCACUCUGGACAAACGUUCCAGUUCACGAUAUCGAUCGAUGGUUUAUAAGGACCAACAUCAAUUAUAUUAAAACCAAUGAUGAAAAAACUGCGCGUAAAAAAUUAAGCGAACGCGCAAAGACAAUCAGCAAGCAACUGAGAAAGAGAGGAAGCAUCACAAACGGAAAGCAUCGAGUUGCCAGGAAAGCACAAAGCAUGAGAUACAAUCCAUAUUAA